UGACCAAGCCUACUCGACCACCUGCGAUCUGUAGAAAGAAUGAACGGGUAUGCUCUGAUGGAACUCAAUGUGUUCACCGAGAAUGGAUUUGUGAUGGAACUAACGACUGUGCCGAUGGCAGUGAUGAAAAAGAUUGUGGUACCCUUGAUUGCACUAGUUCAGAAUUCACCUGUGCUAAUCAGGUUUGCAUCCCAAAGGGACAAAGAUGUGAUGGCAAAGAUAACUGUGGUGAUGGCAGCGAUGAACGUUCUUGUCCAACUCCAACACCUUUGGCACAGCCUCUGCCACUGAUUAUGAACCAAGGUGGAUCUAAUACCAACAUGCAUAAUUAUACCAUAAGCCCUAAUCAAGUAUGCAAGCCAGGGUACUUUAGAUGUGGUAGCAGCACUACUUGUAUUGCCGACAGCAAAGUAUGCGAUAGUAUUCCACAGUGCCCUCAUGGUGAAGACGAACGCAACUGUAACAUUGAUGAGUGUCUAUCAAACAAUGGUCACUGCUUACAUAUCUGCACCAACACCAAAACCAGCUUCUACUGCUCAUGCAGACCUGGAUACGAACUAAUGGAUGAUCGCAAGAGUUGUCAAGAUAUCAAUGAGUGUGAGAUCCCAGGCAUGUGCAGCCAAACAUGUUUCAAUACUAAAGGAAGCUUCAAGUGUUCUUGCUUGGAUGGAUAUGUAUUGGAACCUGAUAAAAGAAGAUGCAAGGCUCAAGGGCCGCGACCAUACCUGAUGUUCUCCAACCGUAACAGUAUCAGGUUGAUCAUGACAGACGGCAAGGAGUACAAACAGGCUUUUAAGAACUUGCACGAUGCUAAAGCCCUUGGGUUUGAUAUCCAAGAAAGCAUGAUUUACUGGACAGACGGACAGCAGUCUAGCAUACUAAAGGCCAAGCUAGGAUCAAAAACCGUAGUUACUGUCGUAGAAAGAGGCAUGGUCGAUCCUACAGGGCUUGCUGUUGACUGGGUGGGAAAGAAGCUUUAUUGGUCAGAUUCAGGAACCAAUAGUAUUCUAGUGGCGGAAAUGGAUGGCAGAAAUAAGAAGACUCUAAUUACUAGUGGUCUGGACAAACCUAGUUCUCUGGUCGUUGAUCCAUCUGAAGGUACUUUGUACUGGAUCGACUGGGGAUCACCAGCCAAGAUUGAAAGAGCAAGCAUGGAUGGCUCCAACCGUCAGGUCCUGAUCAGUGGAGACCACAUUGAGCGUCCAGCUGGACUGACCAUUGACUACACAACACGUAAACUAUACUGGGUGGACUCGAAGCUUAAGACCAUCAAACACUGCAACUUGAAUGGUUCUGCUAUCCGAGAGCUUGUCAACACAGGACUGAUGAAUCCUUCAGCUGUGGCUGUGUUUGAAGACCAUAUUUACUGGACAGACGCUAAAAGUAUUAAGAAGGCUAAUAAAUUCACAGGCAAGAAUAUGUCUGUGCUGGUGAGCGAUGCCAUGUCGCCACAAGAUGCACAUAUCUACCACCCCCGGAGGCAGCCAUCAGUAACAUCAAGACCGUGUGCCAACGAUAAUGGAGGAUGUUCACACUUGUGUCUCAUAUCAUCUACUGUUAGAGGAUACACCUGUGCAUGUCCUGAUGGCAUGGAUUUGCAGAAAGACAACAAAACCUGUGCUAAAAGCACCCCCAGGACUACCACACCAACAAUAUCGCAAUCCUCAUCAACACCCCUGAAUACCAUACCAACGAUAUCGCCAUCCUCAUCAAAACCCUUGACUACCAUACCAACGAUAUCGCCAUCCUCANUACCAUACCAACGAUAUCGCCAUCCUCAUCAAAACCCUUGA